UUCUUGGCUCUCUAGCAUUAUUCUUGCAUUAUGCAAUUGCUCCUAGAGACAUCCUGCAGCAAGUCGAUGUAAUGGAGUCUCCAAUUUUUUUUAUCCUGGUACACCAACCACCGCAAUGGCGUUCCCUACCCAACCUGUUACUCUCACGUGCCUUACACUGGUAGCUGUCUUGUUGAUCGCCAUGGCAGCUGAUAAAGACUCCACGGCCUCUGGCCACAUAGAUUGCGGAGAAUCAAGCCAAAACAUUGAUGAUAGUGGCCGUACUUGGGAUGGGGAUGCUGACUCCAAGUUCGCGCCAUCAGUAAAAGGAGUUGCAGCCACUGCUCAUUUCAAUGUUUUUAAUGUUUCACAAACAGCACAGGAUAUCAGUUUUGCCUACCUUGUGCGUGAAUUCUCAGUGAACGUUUCUUCAGGCAGCUUGGACCUCAUCUUUGCCCCAUCAGCACAUCGGAAUGGUUCUUAUGCAUUGGUGAGUGGCAUUGAGAUUGUGCCCAUCAGCACAUCGGAAUGGUUCUUAUGCAUUUGUGAGUGGCAUUGAUUAAAUAAGGAUUCGGCAAGCUACAAGGAGAGAU